ACAGAGCUUGGUGAGCUCCACCUGUGCCGCGGCAGCAUCGUUGAGGUUGCCGAAACGGGCUCUGAACGCUGUGAGGAAGGCCGUUUCGUUGGCAAAGGGCGUUGUCACUCCCUGAGUCCCAGUAUGGACAGCGGCGAGCUGGGUGAAAAUGGGAGUGGCCCAGGCUCAUGCAUCACCAUCAAGGAGGCUAAGGGCAACUUGGACCUUCAGCUUGAUGGUGGAGAGGGUCGUGUUAACCGCCCAGUAGAUGAGCAACUGGGAGAUGAAGCAGUUGCAUUCGACGACCGUUUUUCCAUCGGGUGGCGGCGGAAGAAGACAUUACCGGCGACGAGGGGGACAAAGGACUGCCCGUGGACGAAGGCGACUGUUGUGACUGUCCACCGGGCAAACUUCGCGAGGAAUGAGUGCUCGGGCGGCCUCAUGGCGGAGACGGCGGUGAAGGUGCCGGAGGAAGUUUGGAGGCGGGGUUACAUAUGUCAGGGACUGCUGACAUGGAGGCGAGUGCUGUCGGCAAGGCGGGCCGAGCAGGAUCCGUCAGUAUUCCCCAGUCGCUUGACCUCAAGUCGCGACACUCCUCAGGCUCAGGCUCUGGUGCAGGGUCUGGAGGGAGAUCUCCUCGCGCUUGACUGGGACCGGCGACAGUUUGGGGAAGUUGGGGCACGGCUGCUGCUCGCAACGGUAAAUGACAGUCUCAGGGCCAUCUGGGAUGUAAACGUCGACGAGGUCCUGAGAGUCGAAGGUGUGAACCUGGCCUUGAUAGGCAGCCACGAUGGAUGGGGGGAGGACGGGGAGCUUACACCUACGGCGCCCGAAGUAACGCUAGGGUUCGCGAUUCACGUGGGGCCCAGUACUGCUUUUGGCUAG